UUCUCACUUGAUACUUGAUAGGAUAAAAUGUGAAUUGAGAAACAUGAUAUACGUUUCCCAUUUUAUGUCAUUACAGGCUUUGUUCAGCGAAGGAGGAUGAACACAAGCUCGAUUCAAUAACCUUUCGUAUUUGGAAAUGGAUAUUCGGAGCUUUUCUGAUGAGCUCGUUCCUGCAUUGGUCUCUCUUUUAAGAGGAAUGCCCAAUUUGUGUACUUUAUACGUAGGUUAUCACUCAAGUCGUGACACCAAAUCUGAUGCAUCUAGGUUUGAUGUGGAACACUGGAAGCUCCAACAUCUGGAAUUUAUUCAUCAAACUGAGGAGGUUACCAUAGCGCUUUCCAGUGGGUCGAAUGGGAUUGAGUUCGAAAGGUACAUACUCGAGAAUGCCGAGAAGCUGGAGCAAAUGACAAUAAUUCAUUUACCCGAGCAAUCUGAUGCUAUACAGAAGCUAAAUGAAAGUAAGAUGAUGUCCAAGGCCACAGUGAUCUUCAAGGAAGACAGCUAGAUAACCAAGUUGUUUUGAUGUUUUUCAUAACUUUGUUUCAUUUUAUAAUGUUGAAACCGUAAAUUUAAAUGGAAAG